ACUCUGUGUCUUUAGGUGAUCACUACUGGUCGUAUCUCCACUGCGCGGUAUUGUCUGCGACAUUGGGACUCGUUCAAUGGCAAUGCCUCGGCUGCGACAGAACGCUGUGAACAUAUCGUUGUCGAACUCACUGCCCAGGUCGACUCGGACAUUCUUGAGUUUUCGUUCUGUUUGGACUUCCGCCUCCUUGAGCCAUGCUGAAAACGCUUCCAGGACAGUUUCUUUCCGCUUGUUCGUCAAGAACACGGGAAACUUCAUGCUCGUCCCGCCGUCGGAGAUAAGCAUCAAAUAAACAGCAUUCCCCCAGCUUGGCGUGCGUGCACGCCCCCAUAGAUUGAGAUGGACCCUCUCGAGAGGUUCCCUUUCGUGUACCACCUCGUCAUCAAAGGGCAUUUUGUCCUGCUUCCCGAGGAUGCAGUCUUUACACAUUCCACCAUGUCCUAGUCGUCGAUGCCAGUUCUCAAUCGUUGUUGGCUGCUUCCGAUUUCGACCGGC